AUGGGCGAGUUGAUGCGCCGCUACUGGAUGCCGGCCCUACUGUCCUGGGAGCUGGCGGAGCCGGACGGAGAGCCGGUGCGGGUCAAGCUGCUGGGCGAAGAACUGGUAGCCUUCCGCGACAGCGACGGGCGCAUCGGCCUGCUUGAAGAGUUUUGCCCGCACCGCCUGGUGUCGCUGUGGCUGGGCCGUAACGAAGAGUGUGGCCUGCGGUGCAUCUACCACGGCUGGAAGUUCGACGUGAACGGGCAGUGCGUGGACAUGAUGAACGAACCGGCGGACAGCGACUAUCCGUCCAAGAUGACGACGACGUCCUACCCGACCGUCGAGUUGGGCGGCGUCAUCUGGGCAUACAUGGGACCGAAAGAGCACCUGCCGCCGCCGCCCAAGUUCGAGUGGGCCGCGGUGCCGGCAUCUCACCGCCACGUCACCAAGAACAUCCAGGAGUGCAACUGGCUGCAGGCGCUGGAGGGCGGCAUCGACUCGGCGCACGCCACCAUCCUGCACCGCACGCUACGGACGGACACCCCACAUGCCGGCCUGCGGGUCGACUCGCCCCAUGUGCAGGGCAAGCCGCCGGAACUGGAGGUGGAUAUCACGGACUACGGCUAUCGCUACGUCGGAAUCCGUUCGCUGGGCGACGAGGGCAACCACGUGCGCGCGUACCACUUCGUGAUGCCCUUCCACCAGCUCAGGGCCAGCCAGCGGGGCUAUCGGGGCCAGGCGGGGCCGGUGGGUUUCCUGGCGUCCGGACACAUGUGGGUCCCCAUGGACGACAACAACGUGAUGGUCUGGAACUGGGACCUAUCCUAUGACGACCCCAUCGAGGAGCAGGAACGGGUGGAUAUGGACCGCGGCUACGGGCGUGGGCCGGAGCACAUGCUCGAAAGCUUCCGCACCAGGGUCAACCGGGACAACAACUGGAUGAUCAACCGUUCGGUGCAGAAGACGGAGACCUUCAGCGGCAUCGAGGGCGUGAACGCGCAGGACGUGGCGGUGUCAGGAGAGCAUGGGCCACAUCUCAAGGCUCUGCGGGUCCUCACGUGGGGCAACCCGUUCAUCCAUGUAGUCCACAACACGACGGGCCAUUUGCCUGUCGAGCCGGCGUAA